AGUAAAUAUGGCCGCUUCCAGAUGAUGAAACAUGCUGUAAUUUAGCAGUCAUGACAUGGUUCUAAUUAAAAACGUACUAAAUAUUUUGAAGAAAUCAACAGCGUGUGGAAUUUCUUCAAUAAUGGCUAAGGUUGUCGACAUAAGUAGCCAUGAUCUGCAGUACUUGGUUUCCUUGGCAACACAAAGCCUUAAAUCUGGAAACAUUAUAGCAGUACCGACAGACACCAUAUAUGGAGUUGCAGGCCUAGCACAGAGAAAUGAUGCCACCAGUAGAAUCUAUCAGCUGAAAAACAGAGACGUGAAAAAACCUAUCGCUAUCAGUGUUGCUGAUAUAGAUGACGUGUACAGGUGGGGUCAUGUUACUGUAUCAAGGGAGUUACUGUCGGAACUGCUCCCUGGCCCUGUCACUGUCGUGUUCCGGAGGACAGAUGACCUGAGCCCUAGUUUGAACCCUGAUGUGCCCCUUAUAGGGAUCAGAAUACCUGACCAACAGUUCAUCAGGUCCCUGGCCAGGGCGUGUCAGGAACCGAUUGCCCUGACCAGUGCUAACAUAAGCUGUUGUCCAAGCACUGUGUCAGUAGAGGAGUUUCGCGAGUUGUGGCCGGUAUUAGAUUUGGUAUUUGACGGAGGAAUGCUGGGAAACACAACAGAGUCUCGGCAGGGGUCGACCGUUGUAGAUCUGUCACAGACGGGAGUCUUCAAAAUCAUACGGGAUGGCAGUGCUCUACGACCUACAUCAGAUUUACUGGAGAAACAUGGACUUAAGAAUGGGAAAACUCUGGAAUCCUCAGAUGUUAGGUCUGGGGCAGACAGAUAACAAACAGCCAUAGUGAUUUCAGAAGAUUGGUGACGCACUUCAAUCCAAGCUGACUUGUGAUAUUUCUGCAAUAUAUAUGUGUAAAACGGGAAAAUCAAUUUGCAAGUUUUAUCAUUUUUAUCCAGGACCAAUGAAAGUCUUUAGGUAAAAGUUUUUCCAGGGGCAAUCCACUUUUUGUAAUUUCCAGUAUUUGCUGUUUAUUCUUAAUUAUUUUAUUCACUGGUUAGGAUUUCUUAGGGUAAAGAGAUUACCAGGUAGUUCAAAUAUAAAUAAUCGGUAACUUCAGACACUCCUUGAAAUUGUUGUUGAGCAGGAAUACAUAUUGUGUUUGGAAACAUACAAAAUUACUAAUUAAAGGUGUAUGUGUGUGCACUGAAUCAAUGAAGAAAUAACGCAAGUUCACAUUUAAACAUCCUUCCUUGUAGAUUUAUAUAUAAUGUAUACUUCAGAUUAACAAUAUAUAACUACAGAAUCUGGUUCAUGAAACAUUUAAUUUAAAAAAUAAAAACUAUUGUUGAGAGCAAACUACUAGUCCUAUGCCACCUGGCUAAUAUCUCCUUAUAUGUGUAUGACUGCGUUUUUGCUGGAGAUGUAUUGUGUUCUGUGUCAUAAGUGUCAUAAUGAGAAGACAUUUUAAAACCACCUGAUGUGACUGCUCUUUACGAUUACCUCACAGGCAAACUGCAGGGCUUUGUUGACAUGACAGUGUAUAGUUUAAUCUUUUUACCCAACAUCACUUGCAGUUUGUUAAUUGUUUUUGUGCAGAGUUUAAUCUUGGCAUCCAUUUGUUUCUGUUUUUAGCAAACAAAUUUGGGACCAAUCGUUUUUGUGAGAUUUUAUGAAUAGCUUUUGAUCAAACGUAAAUGUAGUCCAUCAAUUUUUACUUGAAUUGUGUUUUAUCUCACCCCUGUGUGCAUAUGAUAGAACUGUGCAAGGAAAGAAAAGUGUGCAAGAAAUUUAUACCUUGUUCCCUAUAUCAUGUGGUUAAUGUCACCAUGGAACAACAAUGACAUGACUUCACCAAGUUGGGAACAUUCUGAUGUGUCGAUGUGGAAACAGUGACACUUUUUGUAGUUUCUGAACUAGUUCUGGUGAUUGGAACGAGGGGAAAAUACUGUUUUACAUGCUAGGGUGUAAGGUAGAGAAAUUCCAACCACAGGGUUUUCAAAAUGGUGCAAAACUGUUGGCAAGCUUCAGGGCUUACCCUAUUCAGAAAUUCCUUGGCCUGGAUGGAAUUUCCAUAUCAUACAGCCCAGGGCAUGAAACAGUCUUAUAUUCUUAUUUACUUUGUUACUUAUCUAUAUAUCAAAAUUUAGAGACCAUACCCUGAAUUGUUUGUACUGAUAGAGAAACGAAAGUUUUUAUCUUUUAUAAAGAUUGUUAUUUUCUCAGGUUUAACAGUUUUUUUAACUUUGGUUGUGACACCCUGAAAUCUUGAUAAUAAGUCUGAAAGGAGAAAAAAAAAUGCCGGCCUCGAAAAUAUGCCUAGGAUUCCUUCUGUAUAUUUCAAAAUAAGUCAUCUGAUAAUUUUCCAUGUUGUCACUAACCCUAUUCAUGUAUACACUACAUACCAGUGUACUAUGCUGUUUGUAUAUGUCUUGCAACAAUGAAAAAUCAUUUGCAAAGCAUGUAUCUACAUUUCCAAAUAUUUCUACAAUACACCUAAUAAUAGGUGGGGUUUUUUCUUCAACUUCUUUGAAAUAUAACAUAUACUAUAGUAAUACACACAUAUUUAAACAUAUAAUUACAUAACCAAGACUUAUAAUUGCAAGGCCAGUUCAGGAAAGGCUUUUGCAGUAGGACAGCCAUGAAAUUGAGCUGUACAUGUCUUAUCUUCUAAAUUGCUUCGAAAAUAAGUCUACUUCAAAAAAUAAGUCUUGGAGUCUAUGGCAAAUUUCGAGAUUUGGGGGUAGAAAAUGAGAGAUAUCCAUUAUCUGGUGUAUUGUACUUGUCAAAGAGCUGAUGUGACAGUUGGUUUAAUAAUAACAUGGAAAAUAGAGAAAAGUCAAUGUCUAUGAAAUGUAAAAAUUAUCUCCCUUUUUAGAGUAUUUAAGCUCACACUUUUGAAUGUCUCUAUUUCUGUUGUAAUCUUCAUUAUGUGCGAAAAAUUCUGAGAAGUCCAUUUUUCGUGUCAGCUGACCAUUAAUAUCAUUUUUUUCACAAUUUAAAUUUAGGGUGUUUUGUAGAUCCACAUACAUGUACCUUUGAUGUCUGUAAUAUACAUAUAUUUUAUAAUAAAUGAAAUAAGACUAA